AUUGCUCUCUCUCUCUCCUAUCUCUCUCUCUCUCUCUCUCUCUCCAUUCUCAAAUUCCUCCAGGCUCCCCCAACCCCAUCUCUCUCUCUGAUAGCCAACCGACGCGUCACACCCCUUCGCCUGUGGCCGUCAACGCCUCUCUCCACCUUUUAAUCUGAUCAAUUUCUAUAUUUCAAGAUGCCGGCGACAGCAGGAAGAGUUCGCAUGCCGGCGAACAACAGGGUGCACAGUAGUGCAGCCCUGCAGACUCACGGUAUAUGGCAGAGUGCAAUUGGGUAUGACCCCUAUGCACCUAACAAGGAUGACUCCAAAAAAUCAUCCCAGGAGAAGUCCUCCACCGCUGAGCCUGAAGGUGAGAAUGCUUAUGCCAGCUUUCAGGGUCUCCUGGCGCUUGCCCGUAUUACCUCAUCCAAUGCUGAUGAGGCUCGUGGUGCUUGUAAAAGAUGUGGUCGUGUAGGCCACCUUGCCUUUCAAUGUAGGAAUUUUGUGAGUGUCAAGGAUGGUGAUAAAGAGAAGGAUGCGGAAGCAGUUCAGGCUGCGGUUUUGUCUGGGUUGGAGAAGAUAAAAGGGAAUGGGAAACGAGUGGUUCAGGGUGAGGAGAGCGAGGAUGAUGAGGAUGAGAGUGAGACUUCGGAUUCUGAGGAGGAUUCGGAGAUUGAGAGGAUUAUUGCUGAAAGGUAUGGUAAGAAGAAGAGUAGUGCUCUGGGGAAGUCAUCUAGGAAGAAGGAGGACUCUGAUGACGAUGGUUCAGAUUCUGGGAGGAAGAAAAGAGGAAGGUCGAAGAAAAGGAGGAGUAAGAAGAGGGGAAGUAGCGAUUCAGAGGAUGGGGAUGAGGAUAGGAGGAAGAGGAGGAAGAAGAACGAGUCAUCAGAUGAAGAGGAUGAUCGGCAACGCCGUAAGAGGAAGAGUAGGAAGGAAAAGAGGAGAAGGAGAAGUCAUCGGCAUUCUGAUGAUUCUGACUCAGAUGAGCAUGAGCAUUCUGGUCGAAGGCACAAGCAGAAGAGCAGGAAGGCAUCAUCUUUGUCUGAUCCUGAUGCCUCUGGCUCUGAUGAUCCUCGGGUGGGAAGAGAUACAAAGCGUUCUGAGAAGAAGAUCAGGAAACGCCAUCAUGAAGAUGAUGAGUGAUGUCUAGUUACGAAAGGAUGAAGACUGCUUUGGAAAAGGAUUUGCUCAAUGGCGUAUGGUAAAAAGUUAUUCCGUUUUGCAGUACUAUGGAGAUGGUGAUUGUCUACAAGAUUCAAGGUAUAAGUCAGCUGCAGUGGACGGACUGGAGCGCUGUUUAUUUGUUGUCUUUGUUAUCCGAGUAUGCGAAUAUUUAUCUAUUCCAGAUGUUAAAAAAAAAAUUAUGAAUGUUUAAAGACUUGUAUUCUAGGCA